AUGGCGCCAGACAGCUCGACCACCCUACGCUCGUCCAUCCAGCCGCAUCCGUCGUCGAUAUGCAGCUGCACCAUGACGCCACCACUCGUCGUCAAUGACGUGGUAGAUACAACGCCGCACCACCUGGCAACCUCCACACCAUCACCACUACUGGAGCUACUCGGAGCCCACCAUCCACAACAUCUCUCCCCCGAACAGCAGUUCCUCCCAAGACAGCGCCUCCAUGGAGGAUAUGACGUGCAGGACGCCGCCGCCGCCGCCCAAUCCAGACUGAAUUUUGGACUUCCGUCCGAGAGGGGUUUGGGGGUGGAUAGGGGGGACCUCGGCUUCACCUCCAGGAAGGGUAGCAGCGUCAAGUGA